ACGACUGCGCACACGACUGCGCACACGACCACGCACAACGACGAACUGCGCAACCGACUAUUCUCUUUCGAUCUCUGUCCCUCUACAUUCUACGCGCCGGUCGCGCAAAUCAUUCAACGGUACUCAACACUAUGGGGAAGCGCAAAAGUUCGAGCAAACCUCAAGGCCCGAAGAAGAGAGAGGUUCUUCCCUCCAAGUUCACAUGCCUCUUCUGCAACCACGAAGACUCCGUCGCUGUAAAGCUGGAUAAGAAAGCGGGUGUUGGUUCGUUGGACUGCAGAGUGUGCGGCCAGAUGUUUCAGUGCAGCAUCAAUUACCUCUCGGCCGCCGUGGAUGUGUAUGGAGAGUGGGUGGACGCUGCAGAUGCUGUUGCCAAGGAAGCAGGACCCGUCGGCGGAAGCAAUCACAAGACCACAAGCGCUCGGCGCGCUCCCCCGAGCCGGCCAGUAGACGAUGACGACGAUGACAGGAGAUACGGGGGUGAGGGUAUCGAUAUGGAUGAUGAUGAAUACUAGAUGACCUAGCAACCGCUUGAACGUACAUGGGGAGGUGCAUUGUGAGUGCAGCCCAGGGUCUGGAACACAGGCGGCCG